ACACGAUGGAGCUAUUUCUUUGUGCCUACACAGAGAAUGCUGGACUGCAUGCAGCAAGUCACGAGAACUUCUGCAGCAGAAUGUCACUGCAGUUUCUCCUAACAGUCGAUGGUGUUGCAUCCGCUGUGGCGUGAAUCACAGUGACAGGUUGCUUGUGAUCCACAGCUUGGCUUCAGUUGGGAGCAGCAACUUCGGACAAUACCAUUGUGCUGGGUGCAACUCCCAAGCUUUGAAAAGCCUCUGAUGAUCUCUGGGUCUCUGUGGGUGGGCAGGGGUUCCCCAAACAGGGGCCUGUAUUUUAAGUCCUGUAAAAUCCAUUAUCAUCUUCGAUCUUAGCCUACUGAUAUGAGGCUCAGUUGGCCAGAUGUCCAGUCUGAUGGCAGGCCUUCUCUGCCGGUGGUCUUGGUUUCUCUUGGAUUAUGGAAGUCAGGGGGCCAGGGGUCCUUCUCUGGCCAGAUAAGCGGCUUGUCAUGAGCAAGCCCACCAAGCGAUGUCUGAGAACCGGAAACCAACCCCCAAAAGACCCAUGUUGACAAAAGUACCACAACUGGCCAUAAUUAACUACUGAGAAUUGCUUCGUCCAACUCAACAUUAAUGUUUACACGACUGGCUGCGUCUCAGCUCAGCCAGUGCUCGUCUGAGCAGCUCCUGUUGGAUGUGGGCCUGGGCCAUCUUGAGCCUUCAAACUUGAAUUCCUCAGCAGCUUCAGCUGCAGCCCUGUGGAAAGGGGUUGGGGGCUGGUGAAGCCCAGAGAGGGGAGGGGUCGCAUAGGAAUUGGGCCUGGCCUCCCCUCAUCUGGGACACUGGUCCCUGGCAGGGCUGGGACCGCAGCGCCCCUCCCGCACUCCCCCCACCCUCCUCCUAGCCUGGGUCUGGCUCUCUCCCAGGGCUGGGAAAGAGCAGGCGGAUGGUGGUCGGGCAGUGCUGACAGCAACAGCGCCGGCCUGCCCUCCUUAGCCUUCUCCACGCCCCGCAGGGCUGUGCUUGUGGCCACAGGGCCCUGGCAUAGGGAGAGUUGCAGCGGGGCCCCUCCUGGUCUCCAGGGCUGUUCCCAGCAACAGCCCUGCCUGGCAGGACGCACUGCCAGCGCUGGGCACAACGGGCAGGAGGCAGGCAGAGCGGCCACCCGGACUCCAGGACAAAUCAAGGCGGCCAGUCCGUAGCCUGGUGGCUGAGCAGGAGCCCCUCCUCCCAGAUCUCUAGCCCGUCCAGCCACCCAGAGAGCCCAGAGCCAGCAUGGAUGCUGUGGACACCACCAUGGAGAAGCUCCGAGCCCAGUGCCUGUCCCGAGGGGCCUCAGGCAUCCAGGGUGUGGCCAGAUUUUUUCGCCGCCUGGACCGGGAUGGGAGCCGCUCCCUGGAUGUGGGGGAGCUCCAGCGGGGCUUGGCUGAGCUGGGGCUGGUGCUGGACGCAGCUGAAAUGGAGGGCGUGUGCAGGCGCUGGGACCGUGAUGGCAGCGGGACGUUGGACCUGGAGGAGUUCCUGCGAGCGCUGCGGCCCCCCAUGUCCCAGGCCCGGGAGGCAGUAGUUGCAGCUGCGUUCGCCAAGCUGGACCGCAGUGGUGAUGGCGUGGUGACCGUGGACGAUCUCCGGGGGGUAUACAGCGGCUGCACUCACCCAAAGGUGCGAAGCGGGGAGUGGACUGAAGAGCAGGUGCUCCGCCACUUCCUGGACAACUUCGACUCCUCUGAGAAGGACGGGCAGGUCACGCUGGCUGAGUUCCAGGACUACUACAGUGGUGUGAGCGCCUCCAUGGAUACAGAUGAGGAGUUUGUGGCCAUGAUGACCAGCGCCUGGCGGCUGUGAGCUGCGCACCCUCAUGCAGCCGGCACCCUGGAGCCAGGACCACUCUCAUCUGGGCUUGGAGCUGAGCAGCCCUGGGGUGGGGGUGGGGAGGAGUGUGGCAGGUCCGAGGCCACAGAACUGGCUGGACCAGGUCUCCGGGUGUACUGCUUGGCCACCAGUUCCCCUAAUAGGUCACUGGCUCAGGACCCCAGGAAGAAAGGCCCCUUGCCCACAUCGUGCUAACCCCAAACCUCCUCCCAUCCCUGCUCAGUGAACCCUGUCUGCCAGCACCCCUACCCCUCCCUGUGGGUCCCCGGGAAGCCAGGCCGCACCUGGUGGGGAAGCGGACAGCUCUUGCGUGAAGCCAGCUACUGCGAGUCUCGGAAGGCAGCCAUUCUGGGUCACCUGCCCAGGUCUGCAGUGUGGGGCAGAGGCCACCACCCUGCGGGCAGGCCAGGCUGCUUCCUGGUCAGGUUGUCCGGCUUCCUGAGGCCCCUGGGGCAUGCAGGAGGCCAGCGUUUUAGUUAAAAGUUUUAAUGUAGUUCCCAAAUACAUUUCAUAUGACAAUCUUACAUAAAUGUUCCAAAACA